AUGGCGAAAAAAUAUAUUGCCUCUAUUGUUGUAAUAGAACUUUUAGUGGAAUCCCCAUAUUUAUUAAAAUCUAUCGAUGAUCCAUCAUUAGACCUUGUUCUCAAACUUAAAGUAUCACUUGUCUUUGUUCCAUCACUUCGUAUUUCUUCAUGCUUUUCUAAUAAUAAUAAAAUAAAAAACUUAAUUCUAAAAAAUAUAUUUCUUCUUGCGCGAGAAGGCGGGAUAAAAAGUUUUCUUACUAGUUAG